AUGUUAUUGAGGAGAACUGGACGGGGGCCAACCACGCGCCGUCUCAAGGACGGGGGCCAACCACGCGCCGUCUCAAGGACGGGGGCCAACCACGCGCCGUCUCAAGGACGGGGGCCAACCACGCGCCGUCUCAAGGACGGGGGCCAACCACGCGCCGUCUCAAGGACGGGGGCCAACCACGCGCCGUCUCAAGGACGGGGGCCAACCACGCGCCGUCUCAAGGACGGGGGCCAACCACGCGCCGUCUCAAGGACGGGGGCCAACCACGCGCCGUCUCAAGGACGGGGGCCAACCACGCGCCGUCUCAAGGACGGGGGCCAACCACGCGCCGUCUCAAGGACGGGGGACAACCACGCGCCGUCUCAAGGACGGGGGACAACCACGCGCCGUCUCAAGGACGGGGGACAACCACGCGCCGUCUCAAGGACGGGGGACAACCACGCGCCGUCUCAAGGACGGGGGACAACCACGCGCCGUCUCAAGGACGGGGGACAACCACGCGCCGUCUCAAGGACGGGGGACAACCACGCGCCGUCUCAAGGACGGGGGACAACCACGCGCCGUCUCAAGGACGGGGGACAACCACGCGCCGUCUCAAGGACGGGGGCCAACCACGCGCCGUCUCAAGGACGGGGGCCAACCACGCGCCGUCUCAAGGACGGGGGCCAACCACGCGCCGUCUCAAGGACGGGGGCCAACCACGCGCCGUCUCAAGGACCUCCACCAAUGAGCCUAACAGCAGCAGAUCACCAGGAUGAUCACUAUGUCUGGGUUAGAACCUCUAAAUUCUUCAUUGAAACAGAUUUUACUUCAAUAAACCUUCGCAAAAAUCUCUGCACAUUUUUUUUCCGUCACCCCAAACCUUCCAGGAAGACCUCCUGGGCACCUCGGACCUUCCAGGAAGACCUCCCAGGCACCCCCAACCUUCCAGGAAGACGUCCCAGGCACCUCCAAACCUUCCAGGAAGACGUACCAGGCACCCCCAAACCUUCCAGGAAGACGUCCCAGGCACCUCGAACCUUCCAGGAAGACCUCCCAGGCACCCCCAACCUUCCAGGAAGACGUCCCAGGCACCUCCAAACCUUCCAGGAAGACGUCCCAGGCACCUCCAAACCUUCCAGGAAGACGUACCAGGCACCCCCAAACCUUCCAGGAAGACGUCCCAGGCACCCCCAAACCUUCCAGGAAGACGUCCCAGGCACCCCCAAACCUUCCAGGAAGACGUCCCAGGCACCCCCAAACCUUCCAGGAAGACGUCCCAGGCACCUCGAACCUUCCAGGAAGACGUCCCAGGCACCUCGAACCUUCCAGGAAGACGUCCCAGGCACCCCCAAACCUUUCAGGAAGACGUACCAGGCACCCCCAAACCUUCCAGGAAGACGUCCCAGGCGCCCCCAAACCUUCCAGGAAGACGUACCAGGCACCCCCAAACCUUCCAGGAAGACGUACCAUGCACCCCAACCUUCCAGGAAGACGUACCAUGCACCCCAACCUUCCAGGAAGACGUCCCAGGCACCACUCCAACCUUCCAGGAAGACGUCCCAGGCACCACUCCAACCUUCCAGGAAGACGUCCCAGGCACCCCCAAACCUUCCAGGAAGACGUACCAGGCACCCCCAAACCUUCCAGGAAGACGUACCAGGCACCCCAACCUUCCAGGAAGACGUACCAGGCACCCCAACCUUCCAGGAAGACGUACCAGGCACCCCAACCUUCCAGGAAGACGUACCAGGCACCCCAACCUUCCAGGAAGACGUACCAGGCACCCCAACCUUCCAGGAAGACUUCAACAACACUCCAGGGACCCACUCAGAACCACAAACCACAACAAAAACCACCUUCCAGCCACUGCAAACCUCCCAAAGCCAACUUUUCAGCGUAUCUGGAAAAAAAUAA